CCAGGCUGGCCAGUCCCUGAUUCCUACUGCUACUCCAGCAUGCAUGUCUACUGCACAGGGAUCGAUCUUGCAAAAAGAAAAAGAAUGAUGUGGCUAGGUUGAUUCGAGAUGGACGAUGUUUCAUUUAGGCCGAAAAAGGGCCGAAUCGUGGUGUCGCAGGAGCAAAUCGACAUGCACGCUAGCUUAGGUAGGUGCAGCGCACGACAUGCAGGCCAUUGCCAAUUUGGUCUCCUCUUCCUCCCAAACUAAUGGAGCACAGCUCUCCUCUUCCUCUCCACCCCCUAAUUUCUCUGUGGUCCAAUCAUCCAUCCACGGUGGUCGCCAUGGCCGCCGGCGACAAUUGACGCGGUGCGCAUGGGCAACUACUCGUGCCGCGAUUCCAACAGCAGCACCGCCGACUCGGACCCCUUCCAUCUCCACCUCCAAGCCCCCUGCACCACCAACACCAUGCGCGGCCACCAGCACCACCUCUCCUCCCCGACCGCCGUCCUCGGCCACGACACCCCGCCGCUCACCUCCCUCUACACGCUCGGCCGCAAGCUCGGCCAGGGCCAGUUCGGCACCACCUACCUCUGCACCGACAUCGCCACGGGGACACCCCUCGCCUGCAAGUCCAUCGCCAAGCGCAAGCUCCUCACCCCCGAGGACGUGGACGACGUCCGCCGCGAGAUCCAGAUCAUGCACCACCUGGCGGGCCACGCCAGCGUCGUCACCAUCCGCGGCGCCUACGAGGACCCGCUCUACGUCCACAUCGUCAUGGACCUCUGCGAGGGCGGCGAGCUCUUCGACCGCAUCGUCGCCCGCGGAUACUUCUCCGAGCGGAAAGCCGCCGAGAUCGCACGCGUCGUCGUCGGCGUCGUCGAGGCGUGCCAUUCUCUGGGGGUCAUGCACCGCGACCUCAAGCCCGAGAACUUCCUCUUGCUCGGCGGCGCCGGCGCCGGCAACGGAGAAGACGAAGACGACUCGGUCGCCGAUCUCAAGGCCAUCGAUUUCGGACUCUCCGUCUUCUUCAAGCCCGGCCAGAUCUUCACCGACGUCGUCGGAAGCCCGUACUACGUGGCCCCCGAGGUCCUCUGCAAGCACUACGGGCCCGAAGCCGACGUCUGGACGGCGGGGGUCAUCGUCUACAUCCUGCUCUCCGGCGUCCCGCCCUUCUGGGCCGAGACGCAGCAGGGGAUCUUCGACGCGGUCCUAAAAGGCGCCAUAGACUUCGACUCCGACCCGUGGCCCAACAUCUCCCCCAGCGCCAAGGACCUCAUCAAGAACAUGCUCAAAUCGCCCCCUGCCGAGCGGCUCACGGCGCACCAGGUGCUCUGCCACCCGUGGAUCUGCGAGAACGGGGUGGCGCCCGACAAGCCGCUCGACCCGGCCGUCCUCUCCCGGCUCAAGCAGUUCUCCGCCAUGAACCGCCUCAAGAAGAUGGCGCUCCGCGUCAUCGCGCGCAACCUCUCCGAAGAAGAGCUCGCCGGGCUCAAGGAGAUGUUCAAAGCCAUGGACACCGACGGCAGCGGCGCGAUUACCUUUGAGGAGCUCAAGGAAGGGCUGAGGAGGCAUGGGUCCAACUUGAGGGAGUCGGAGAUCCGGGAGCUGAUGCACGCCGCCGACGUCGACAACAGCGGCACCAUCGACUACGACGAGUUCAUCGCCGCCACCGUCCACAUGAACAAGCUCGAGCGCGAGGAGCACUUGCUCGCCGCCUUUGCGUAUUUCGAUAAGGAUGGCAGCGGGUACAUCACCGUCGACGAGCUCGAGGAGGCAUGCCGGGAGCAUAACAUGGCCGACGUCGGCAUCGACGACAUCAUCCGGGAGGUCGACCAGGACAACGAUGGUCGGAUCGAUUACGGGGAGUUCGUGGCGAUGAUGAAGAAGGGGAUCAUAGGGAACGGACGGCUCACCAUGAGGCACACCUCCGACGGCAGCAUCCUCUACCAUGGAGCAGGAGAACUCACCUAGACGGACCAAUUCCAUUUCACCUCUGCAAUGCACAACCAGAUUACUCAACGGACUGAUUAUACGCACGAUUCAAAUUCUGGGGAAUAAACCGACACAAGAUUAUAGCACUACGGUAUACGUAUACAGGCUACAUGUCCAUGUACGCAUGAUUGAUUAUUCGUGCUUAUAUGCAUGUAAACUGAAGAAGAAGAAGGAGGAGGCUAGGAUGAUGGAUCGAGUGCUUGGUUAUUGACCGAAUAGUAGUAUCAUUUGUUUCAUCAAUCGAUCUAGCGACCAUUAAUUAUACUCUUUGAUUCAUCUCGACUUGUAUGCUGCAGAAGCAAAUCCUGUACUACCUGAUAUGUAUUUUUCAAGCAAAUUAAGUACAGGGGAUACAGGUUCGGACCAAC